CUCACGUAUUGACGUCAGUUUUUAAUUCUUCGAAAAUCCGUGUUAGUGCGUGAGUCAUAGGUGCUUUUUCGUUGUGUAUAACGUUUUCUUGGAAGAAAACUUGGGUUGGUCUAUUCGAAAUAUCGCGGAGAAAUUAAAUAAUCCACUUGGAAUCAUUUUUAUUCAGCGAUUUUAUGGAAAUAGCUGAUUUUCCAUAUUACUUCUUACUGACACUCGUAAUAAUCCCUGUGAAGUUAUUCUUUGAUCUCUGGUCCUGGUUAGGCUUUGAGCUCUACAAAAACAACUAAAAUGUCGGGGCAAUAUCCAGAAAACAACCGCGAUAUAAACAACGUGAAACGUAACCUCAAACUCAACCUAAAUCGAAAAAACCUCAGCCUACCACUCAACAACUCAAUCCUUUCAUCACCAGACUUAAAAAUGCUUCAAGUUGGAACUCCAGAGCUGGAAAACAUGAUUUUAAACACAAACAUGACCCAAACACCAACACCAUCAUCUCUAAUAUUCCCCAAAAAUGUUACACAGGAACAGGAAGUUUUUGUUGGUGGAUUCGUGGAGGCCUUGAACAACUUACACAAUAAUAACUCACAACAAGGUUCAGACAGCAACACAAGCAGCAUAUUUGACCAGACUUUUAUGCCCCAGAUCAAAGAGGAGCCCCAAACGGUCCCAAAUAUAAACAAUAGCCCCCCAAUGUCGCCUGUAGAUAUGGAAUAUCAAGAAAGAAUGAAAUUGGAACGUAAAAGGCAGAGAAAUCGUCUGGCAGCAUCAAAAUGUCGUACGCGUAAAUUGGAGCGUAUUUCGAAGCUCGAAGACAAAGUUAAGCUGCUCAAAACUGAGAAUGCAGAUUUAAGUACUGUGAUGAGUCAGCUAAAGGAGACAGUGGGUUUGUUAAAAUUAGAGGUUAUGGAACAUAAUAAAGCUGGCUGUCAAAUGGCUUUGUUUCCACACUAAAUUUAUGCUAGUUAUUAAGAUAUUUAUAUUUUUAUAAUGUUAUUCGUAAAAGUAAUUUUAUUUUUAAUAUAUUUAGGAGUUUUUUCAUAUACAUGUAUUAUACACUAUAUAUAGAGGUUUGUAUCGAAUCUAUAGAAUUUACCUAUUAAAUAUUGUUCAAAUACCAA